AGGAGGAAGAGAGGAGAGGGAGGAGGGGGAGGAGGAGGCCGUAAGAUGAGAGAGGAGGGAAACGUGUCACCAGCCCGGCUGUGGGAGCUCCGCGGCCGAUGCGUUUGUUGACUAGCUCUGGAGAGGAACCGAGGCUGGACGAGACCCCAUCGGAGGGCAGAGCUGGGGGAGGAAGGAGGGAGGGAGGGAGGGAGAGCUGGGCAGAGCGCGACGGGGAGAACCAUCCAGGUCGCUCAUUUCUCCCCGGUGAGAAAACUUCCUCGGGAAGACCGGAAACUUUUUCCUAGGCGUGCGGAGUCUGGGGCGGAGGCGAGCGGCGGGUGUGCGACUCGGUGUGAUUCACGCCGGACACCCCAAGGAGGUGUUGGCUACAUUUGUGGUUUUAAGAAAGCCUGAGCACCUGAAGGCAGCCCUUGGAAAAGCCCUUUCCGAGGGCAUUCAGAACCUUCUGCUCCUAGAGGUGAAGCUGAACUGUCACCAGGACUUAUGACCCGUGGCUUUGCUCCCAUUCUGCCCGGCGAGUUCCACAAGAUGGGCUCUUUCCGCAGGCCUAGACCACGCUUCAUGAGCUCCCCCGUGCUCAGCGACCUUCCCCGAUUCCAAGCAACUCGGCAGGCUCUGCAGCUGAGCUCCAGCUCAGCCUGGAACAGCGUUCAGACUGCUGUGAUCAACGUUUUCAAAGGGGGCGGCUUGCAAAGCAACGAGCUCUAUGCCCUGAACGAAAACAUCAGGCGGCUGUUGAAGAGUGAACUUGGAUCAUUCAUUACAGACUAUUUUCAGAACCAGCUUCUUGCAAAAGGACUGUUCUUUGUGGAGGAGAAGAUCAAGCUGUGUGAAGGUGAAAAUCGCAUUGAGGUUCUGGCUGAAGUCUGGGACCACUUCUUCACUGAGACUCUCCCUACCCUGCAGGCAAUAUUUUAUCCAGUUCAGGGCCAGGAGCUGACUAUCCGCCAGAUCUCCCUGCUGGGCUUCCGAGACCUGGUCCUGCUGAAGGUGAAGCUGGGUGACCUGCUGCUGCUGGCCCAGUCCAAGCUGCCCUCGUCCAUUGUCCAGAUGUUGCUCAUCCUGCAGCCAGGCGGCACUCCAGAGUCCGGCCCAAGAUGACUGUCCUGAACUAUGCUUCCCCGAUAACCGCAGUCAGCCGGCCACUGAAUGAGAUGGUCUUGACCCCACUGACGGAGCAGGAGGGGGAAGCCUACCUGGAGAAGUGUGGCAGCGUGCGGCGGCACACAGUGGCCAAUGCCCACUCGGACAUCCAGCUGCUGGCCAUGGCCACCAUGAUGCACUCAGGCCUGGGGGAGGAGGCUAGCAGUGAGGACAAGUGCCUUCUCCUGCCACCCAGCUUCCCCCCACCCCACCGGCAGUGCUCCAGCGAGCCCAACAUCACCGAUAGCCCUGAUGGACUGGAGGAGGGGGCCGGGGGCAGCCAGGAGGGCUCAGAGCUGAACUGUGCUUCCCUCAGCUGAGUCGCCACCCCCAGGCCUUUCCACCUCCUGUUUUGCAACCAGGAUGAGGACAUCUCCAUCUCCAUGGAUUACUGAGGGGCCUCUUGCUUUGUGCAAUGCUGCCUUAUUUCUUUUAGGGUACUGUCCUGGUCAAAAUGCCCUACGGGGAAACCGUUGUUGUGAACCUCUUCAUUUUGGUGACUGUGACCAGUUCUUUGUAGCCACCAAUUGUAGUGACCAAUUGCCUAAUGGUCACUUUCUGACUCCAGCCUUGCCAGCCUGACUCAGAUCCUCAUCUCUGGGCCUUUCCUCCUCUGAUGUUGGAUUGCCUAAUGUUCCCAAUGACAUAUCCAAUACUCCUGGCAUUUCUGGAACAGGAGGUUGUCAGGACCACACAUACAACCACCAAGGAUGUGUUGGCCUUUGGAAUUCCCCUUUAGGUUCCUUGUGAUGUGGUGGGUUAUGGGUGAAAAAUUAGUGGAGAGGGAACUCCUCUCCCCCAUUUUGUGUAGAGUGAAAAUAGCCUGCAGCCCCUACUCAGCAGGGCUCUGGGAAUGUGCCUGCCUUAUUUUAGUUUCAGAAUUGCUGGGAAAGUUACCCCUCUGGUGGGUGAGGAUCUGUCCUCACCUAUAUCCACAUCCUAUGUGCUGCUUGCACAGAGGCCUUUGGCUUUUGACCCAGAGGGGCUGUGAGGCUGGAGCUGCCUUGUCUUUUAUUGAGCCUCAGCAUUUCCCUCUUAGGCUUCCUCUCAAGCUCAAGGAACUCACCCCCCGAUGCCUCUUGUCUCUGUCAUUUCAGAAACGGACUUUCUUAUCAUGCUUUCCUGUGGUGGGUGUGAGGGGCCAACUGAUACCAACCAACUAGCCUGUACCUGGAUUUGACUUGAAUUUUUAAAAUGUGUGUUGUUUCAAAAACAAAGUUUGCAAAUUUUGCACGUGGGAUCUUGCACUGUUCAUUUCCACUGGGGUGAGUCUUCACACUAAAAUCACAAGCAGAGCUCCUGGGAAAAGAGACUGGAAGUGGUUCAGGAUAAAGAGAUCUAUGGUGCACAGAGCUUUUAUGUCACAGAGCUCUAGAAGCAGCUGGACUUGAAUCCACAGUGGCCUGUGUAAAUUUGUAAAUUUCAUGGUUUCUAGGAAAAGCUGCAUUGGGGUGGGGAGACCCAGUUUGCCUCAUGGGCAGAGGAUUCUUCCAGGAAGCAUGGAAAAUGGAAUGUUUCUAUGCUUUACAGUGUGGGGAGAGAGGGGAGAUGCCGGCGGGACCUUUUCGCAGGAUGUUUAUUCCCUGUGGUUAAAGAAAUGCCCGGAAUUUCUAACAUGUGAAGCACUUGGGGGCUGCAGGCCAUAGCACGGUGCUGCAUCCUUCUACUGCUCCCUCCAGGUCUGGGGGCUUUUAUCCACCUUGAAUCCCUAUCCUCCUCUUUGUAGUUGUCUGUCUCACUGAUAACAGCUCCAGGAAAAAAGACAAGACAAGGCUCCUCCUCUGACCCUUCCUGUUGAUGUUUAUGAAAUCUCAAAGAGCUGAGCCACCUUGGCUUCCAAUAUGGCAAGAGGGUGCUGGGAGAAGGUGAAGAUCAGCCUAAGCUGCCAUGGUGAUGAGACCUUCUCAUUUAACUCUUGAUGGCAUUUCCCUUCUGGGUGAAGAUUUGAAGUAUGAUCAGAAUUGUGCUCUUGAUGGCUGGGAAUUUAGAAAUUUAAGAGUUAUUUCAUUUUCAUUCUAAGAAUGAUGGGAGAGAAAUGUCCAAAAGAUCUCUGCUGAUCGGCUGAGAAUUUCAAACAAAAAUAAUCAUCUCUGUGUAUGUGUUGGAUAAAGUCUACAAAUUGACUAACAUGCAUUAGCAAAUGGAACAUCAGUAGGUAGCAACAUGAUGAUUUAUGUAACUGAUAGCUUCUGUCCUUAUUAGUACACUUAACAUUUGAGACUAGUAUUUAUUGAUCCAGGCAAAUUAAUUAAUCAUGCUUGGGCUUACUUUUUCAGUUUGUAAGGUUAAUCACAUGUGAUCACAUGUGCAUGCGUGCGUGUGUAUAUAAAUGCCUUUUCCAUGUCUUAAAUGUCCCUGAUGAGGAGAGCAGUCAUCAGUUAAAUAUAUAAGCUCUUAAAAUGAGAAUGGGAGUGUCAGUAUAGACCCAGUAUACUUAAUUGCUGAUGACUGUUAGCCAGUUUACAACUUUACCAUCGAUGUAUACACUUGAUAUUUGUGCAGUAAAUAGACUAUACCUAUAAAAAUUUUAUUGAUGUUUAUGAUCGUGUUAGCUAUCAGAGGGCUAUUGGAAGAGUGAUAGCUGAGGUGUUUUUAACCACUUUUUCUCUCCUAGAUUCGUUUUCAUUAUUUAUGCUAGGUUUUUCCUGUGGUUGACAUUUGAUGACAGGAAGCAAUCAUGACUCUUCGAGUGAGCUCACAGAAACCUUUCAUGUUGUCUGUUUCCAAAACGAAUUCAAUAAACAACAUUUUGUCCUUG